AUGAAAUUCUCCUCAGUUUUGCCUGCCUCGUUUCUUAUAUACUCCACGGCAUUGGGUUGGAAUAUGGCAUUAUACAACACUGACUCAUGCAACAAUGGAGACAUGAGCUAUUACUACAUUGAGGGGAGCAACGACGCAGAUUCCGGGUGCAUCAGUUUUCCUCACCGGAUUCCGGAUGGAGUUAGCUGUAGGUUCUAUACCAAUGGCGGCAAGGAUCAUACGAGCUGCGAUAGAGGCACGUUCGUCCACCCAACUGCCUAUACUUUAUCAGACGGUCAUUGUACAGUCUGGCAUGGGACUGCUUGCGAUGGAGGUGUAUCAGGUGUAGGUGAUGCAGUCUGCCACAGCGUGUUCCGACCUGAGUCCAACUGGGGCAGCAUGAAAUGCAAGAAUGCAUGAGCAGGCGGAUUGAUGAAGCAGAACAAGGCAGAAAGAGCCUGAUUAUACCUAUGGGGGUAGAAUUAAAUCGAAAUUAGAGUAUUCCGAUGCCUGGAGCGGUUUGAAAUUGAUUUUACACUGUGC